GGUGCGUCAUUUCCGCUAUCGCCGGUUCCGGCGCGGCAGUUCCGGUGGCGGCGGCCCCGCGUGUGCGGUGCGGGCGAUGCGGCCUCUCACGGAGGCGGAGACGCGGGCGGUGUUCGAGAAACUCAGCAAAUACAUCGGCGAGAACAUCCAGCUGCUGGUGGACCGGCCCGAUGGCACCUAUUGCUUCCGCCUGCACCGGGACCGCGUGUAUUACCUGAGUGAGAAGCUGCUGAAGCUGGCGGCCAGCGUGCCCCGGGACAGCCUGGUGGCGCCGGGCACCUGUUUUGGCAAGUUCACCAAAUCGCAGAAGUUCCGGCUCAGCGUCACGGCCCUGGAUUUCCUCGCUCCCUACGCCAAGUACAAGGUGUGGGUGAAGCCGGGCUCCGAGCARUCCUUCCUGUACGGGAACCACGUGCUGAAGUCGGGGCUGGGCCGCAUCACGGAGAGCACGGCGCAGUACCAGGGAGUGGUGGUGUACUCCAUGGCCGACGUCCCGCUGGGCUUCGGGGUGGCUGCCAAAUCCACGCAGGAAUGCCGCAARGUCGACCCCUUGGCCAUCGUGGUGUUCCACCAAGCUGAUGUCGGGGAGUACGUGCGCAAUGAGGACACGCUGACCUGAGGGACCCCUGGGGACACCGAGGGACCCUCGUGCCAUGGGAGUGCUCAGGGCAGAACGGACCUGACCCUGCACUGUGGGGAGCACACCCCGAGGGGGAUGGAGACASCGGGAGCUGCCAGCACAGAGCCCCAGAGUGCUCAGGGGGCUUCUGCCGGCGGGGGAGGAGUGGCCCCAGCCCUGUUACAUAAAACCUGUUCCUUUUUUCAGUGUC